AUGCCUUCCUUCACCUACCUCACCGCGGUUCUCGCCCUGACCAGCGCAGUGGCUGCCACUCCCCUCCAGAAGCGCGACACCUUCUCUGUUGAGCAGGUCAAGCACAAGCUCCAGCUGAAGAACGGUCCCGCUCAGAUCGCAAAGGCUCUGCGCAAACACAACAAAGCCGUUCCUGCGCACAUCCAGUCUGCUGCUGAUGCUCGUGCCAACACCGCCUCUGCUGUCAUAAGUGGCUCAGAGCCCGCCAACCCCAACAGCGACUACGACGAGUCCUACCUCAGCCCGGUCACCGUUGGAACCACCAAUGUCAACCUUGACUUUGACACUGGAUCUUCUGAUCUCUGGGUCUUCUCGUCCCUGCAGGCCUCUUCACAGCUUUCGGGUCACGACUACUACAAGGUCGAUCCCUCCAAGCUCAAGAGCGGCUACUCAUGGAAAAUCAGCUACGGUGACGGUUCCGGAGCGUCUGGUAAGGUCUACGCUGAUACGGUCACCGUUGCCGGCGUCACAGCCACCUCCCAGGCUGUAGAGGCUGCUUCAUCUGUCUCCACAGAAUUCGCCCAGGACGUGGACACCGACGGUCUCCUCGGUCUCGCUUUCAGCAGCCUCAACAGGGUCACGCCCGUUGCUCAGAAGACCUUCUUCGACACGGUCAAGUCUUCGCUCGCCAAGGAGCUGUUCGCUGUGAACCUCAAGUACCAUGCCGCCGGUACCUACGACUUCGGUUUCAUCGACACGGCCAAGUACACCGGUCCCAUCACGUACGUCAACGUCGACAACAGCCAAGGUUUCUGGGGCUUCACCGCAUCCGGCUACUCGGUCGGCUCCGGCGCAACCGUUAGGUCCAGCAUCGACGGCAUUGUCGACACUGGCACAACCCUGAUCGUGAUUGACUCGGGCAUCGUGGAUGCGUACUACGCCAAGGUCAGCAGCGCCACGUUUGACAACAGCCAGGGCGGUUACGUGUUCCCUUGCUCGACCGUUCUGCCCAACUUCUCCAUCAUCGUCGGUGGCGUCGCCCAGGUUGUGCCCGGAAAGUUCAUCAACUACGCCCCCAUCUCUUCGGGCUCCGAGACUUGCUUCGGUGGCAUCCAGUCCAACGACGGUCUCGACACGAACAUCUUCGGCGACAUCUUCCUCAAGAGCAAGUACGUUGUCCACGACGUCUCCACGGGCACUCCCCGCCUCGGUUUCGCGCAGCAGGCUGGUGUAUCCGCCUAA